CCGUGCCCUCCGUGCCCUCCGUGCUCGCCGUGCUCGCCAUGCCCGCCGACGGGGAGCUGCUGAGCGCCGCCGCCCGCCCCGAGCCCGGCGAGCAGCAGUACCUGCAGCAGGUGCGGCACAUCCUGCAGCACGGCCACCGGCGGGAGGAUCGCACCGGCACCGGCACCAUCUCCGUGUUCGGCAUGCAGGCGCGGUACAGCCUGAGAGAUCAGUUUCCACUGCUCACAACGAAGAGGGUGUUCUGGAAGGGAGUGCUGGAGGAGCUGCUGUGGUUCAUCAAGGGUUCUACAAAUGCCAAAGAACUCUCCGCAAAAGGUGUGAAGAUUUGGGAUGCUAAUGGGUCCCGUGAGUUUCUGGAUAAGCAGGGUUUCAGCACCAGAGAGGAGGGUGAUUUGGGACCAGUGUAUGGUUUCCAGUGGAGGCAUUUUGGAGCAGAAUACAAAGAUAUGCACACAGAUUAUUCCAACCAAGGAGUUGAUCAGUUGCAAAAAGUGAUUGAAACGAUCAAAACCAAUCCAGAUGACAGAAGAAUCAUUAUGUGUGCUUGGAAUCCCAAAGAUAUUUCCCUGAUGGCUUUGCCUCCAUGCCAUGCCCUUUGCCAGUUCUAUGUUCUGAAUGGUGAAUUGUCUUGCCAACUCUACCAGAGGUCUGGAGACAUGGGACUAGGAGUGCCUUUCAAUAUUGCCAGCUAUUCACUGCUCACGUACAUGAUAGCCCAUGUCACAGGGCUGAAGCCUGGAGAGUUCAUCCACACCUUAGGGGAUGCUCACAUAUAUCUGAACCAUGUGGAACCUCUGAAAGUCCAACUUCAGAGGGAGCCAAGACCUUUCCCCAAACUCAGAAUUCUUCGUGAGAUUAAAGACAUCAGCGACUUUAAGGCAGAAGACUUUCAGAUUGAAGAUUAUAAUCCUCAUCCACCUAUUAAAAUGGAGAUGGCUGUCUAAUGCUGUAAACCAGCAUUAAAUACUAAUGUGGAAAUGUACCUAAGAUAGUUUCUCUAACGUGGUGGUGCUUUUAUAUACUUCAAAAGAUAUCUGCUUUAUUGUUAGAAAGAAAUAGAUACUCGCGGACCAGAACUGCCUUCGCUGCUACCCUGUAGCUGUACAGCAGAGAUGGUUAUUCCUGAUAUGCUAUGCAGAUGUUAAUCCAGUUUUAAGUUGUUAGAGAGCUCCUUUUCUUGUUGUUUCAAGAAAAGGAAGUUUGAAGAAGUUGUUUCAAGAAAGGAAGUUGUUUUCUUGUUUCAGUUACCAGUGGCCCUUUCUGUCACCAUUCAGUUGCUAUGUGUGAGUAGCACGUGCUUACGUGCUUGACUGGGUACUGAAAAUAAGAACUUGUAUGUGCGAUAGAGGAUUCCUUCAAGGUGGGAGAAAUCGUUAAAUAUAUUCUAAAGAGUGUAUGUUUAAUAAAGCUUUUCGUAAAAAAUCCUCUGGAUGAUGCAUAUUUAA